AUGGAGGGCCAGGAGGACGCCGUGUCGAUGUUCUGCGACGUCACGGGCGCCGAUCCCGACGUGGCGAGCCAUUACCUGGAGGCAUUCGCCUGGAACAUCGACAGCGCAAUCGCGCACUUCCUGGACAACCCCGCCGAUGGGCGGCCACCAGGCCCGAUCGACGGCGGCGCCCAGGCCGGGAUGGAAUUCGACGACGUGGAGGAGGUCAUGGCGCCGUCGGGGAGGGCGCCCGCUGCCAUGCCGCCCGGCGAGCCGCCCGUGCCCCACGGCGACGACGACCUCCAGAGGGCUCUGGAAGAGUCGAUCCGCGCCACGGGUUCUGCCUCCAUGCCGGCCGCGGGAACGGGGGCGAUGCAGGCUCACGGGUCGGGCAGUGAGGCGCUGGUGCUGGACGACGAUGAGCCAGUGCUUCUGCCAGAAGUUCACCAUGUCAGCAGCAGCCCCAACUCUGAAGACGAUCCCAGCUACCGUCCUGCGGAUGAGCUGAUGCCUGAAGAACAUGGAUAUGCCGAUCUGUCUGAUAGGGGCAGUCCCCCUUCACCUCCAGCACGUCAGCCCCAAGAUGACGAACCCAUCCUUCCAGACGAUAUCAAUGCAGAAGAAGCAAGAAUGCUGGAAGCUGUGAUGAUAGGUGCAGACUUCAAAGGACACAUACCAGACUUUUCUGAACUACGGGUGGCAAGGCCACCACCAGUUGUGUCUGCAGCCACCCGUGCCAACAGGACCCUUAGGGCUGAGCAGGACAGGGAGUAUGAGGAGUCUCUAAGGGCAGACAGGGAAAAGGUCGAGGCUGCUCAGCAGGCUGCGAUGAAAGCCAGGGAGUCUCAACGCCAGAAGUCAGAAGAGGCAGUGCUUGAGGCUCGGCGGCAGGCUGAGGAGGCAGCUGCGAUUGAUAGGCUGAUGCAGUCCAAGAGAGCCAGUCUGCCAAGCGAGCCAGAUGAUGGAGACUCUGACUCAGUGACAGUAAUGGUGCGGUUGCCACAAGGUGCUCGCCUUGGACGCCGGUUCCGGCAGUCAGACCCUCUGUCUGCCUUGUUCGACUUCAUUGACAUCAAGAUCUGUGACACCCAGAACGGCUCCAGCAGCUUUAAACCUGGCACUUACAACUUGGUGCGGAAUUAUCCCAGAAGAGCUUUCUCCCUGCAGGAUGCCACAGGUUCACUGCAGGAUGCAGGGCUGACGAGCAAGCAAGAGGCCCUGUUCCUAGAAUCCAAAUGA